ACUCAGUAGGGCUUUGCGCUUUGGCUGGAAACGAAAACCGAGCCUACGAAAAACAUGUGAACCGCUUCAAUCAAAAUUAAGCCAAGUUCUCAACGGAACUGAGAUCGCAAAGGCACAAAGUAAGGAUCAGCAAUUGAAAUCAAAAUACAGGAUGUCGAGCGAGGAGGUGAAUCGACAGCCGGAAAUGGAAGACAGCCAGGAACCGGAAAGUGAGGCAAAUGCUGCAGCGGAAACGGAAGUGGAAGUAAAUGCCGCAGUUAUAGCCCUCGAAGCCCUCUCGAUCGCCAGUGUGGCCAGUUCCGAGGAGGAAACUGCACCCAGCGGCAGUGGCAGCCGAGCUGAGAAGGCAAAGGAACCACUCAGUGGUUGUGUGGUGCGCAUAAAGCGGGAAUUGCAGGACAUUCGCAAGCAACCGCCUCCAAAUUGCUCUGCCGAAAUGCACGAGGAUGAUCUCUUUCGCUGGUCAGCAGUUGUGGAUGGACCAGCUGGCUCCGUUUACGAAGGCGGUCACUUCAAGCUGGAUAUCCGCUUCCCAAACGCCUAUCCCUUUCGACCGCCGCGCAUCCGGUUCACUACCAGGAUUUACCACUGUAACGUGGACAGCCGCGGUGCCAUUUGCCUCGAUGUCCUCGGGGAACGAUGGUCUCCAGUGCUGAAUGUGGCCAAGGUUCUGCUGUCCAUUUACGUUCUGAUGAGUGAGUGCAAUCCGGAGGAUCCGCUGGUUAUGUGCAUCGCCGAUCAGUACAAGACCAAUCGCAAGGAACACGACAAGAUCGCCAGGCACUGGACGAAGCUCUUUGCGAUGCCCAAGGAUCAGGAUAAGGAAAAGGAAAAGGACAAAGAUCAAACUCAAGAAGUGAGUCAGGAUCAAAGUAAAGAAGAGCAGCCAGUGUCAAGUCAGGCGGAAAAUUAGCAGUCCAUGCAACAGCCAAUGCCCAAUACUCCCUAAAAUACCAAAUACAAAACACUAUAAUAUUACUUACACAAUAAACUAAUUACCCAGUUAAGAAUA